AUGGGCGUGACCUUGACCGUGCGGAUGAAGAGCAUGGGCGAAACGAGGUACGUCUUGGAAGGAAGCAACGUGACCCUCUCCUGUGAGUUUGACCUUGAAGGAGACGACCUGUACUCUCUUCUGUGGUGGCGAGACGGCUCGGUCCUCCUGCGCUACACUUCGCAUGGCGAGGACGACCUCCGUAAUGAGACCAUGGCGGAGGUCGAGGUCGAGACUGAGGACGUGCUGGUCCUCGACCCAAUCAGCAACGUUACAACUCGACCUCUCACUUGGUUCCCCAUCAACGGCCUGAAAGCUACGCUGGUUGAAGCUGGACGCCCUCAGGAACUCGUGCUGGCACAGGUCAACCACAAUUCGGCAGGAGUGUACACGUGCGAGGUCACCACAGAAGCCCCGCCCACUUUCCUGACUGCCAACACCUCCGUCACUGUCCAUGUUGUUGUGCCGCCCACGGGGUUGCCGGUUCUGCAAGGCACGUCUGGCGUCGUCACAGAGGGCCAGUGGAUAGCAGCUGAGUGCGAUUCCGCCCCCGCCCUCCCCACGCCCUCCCUGGCCUUCUUCAUCAACAAGACUCCUGUGGUGAAGGCGUUCAUGUCGGCCUCGACCGUCACGAGCACCAGCGACCACAAACGCGUCGUCUCCCGCAGCGUCGGCUUCCCCGCCCACCGCCGCCUCUUCUCCAAGGGCCACCUCCUCCUCGAGUGCCGCGUCACCAUCGAGAGCCUGGUCUGGACGGCCAGCACCGACCUCCUCCUCGAAGGUUACGACCCGGCGGACGAUGUGGCUGGAGGCGGAAAUCAAAGGCCUAAUUGGUGGUGCUUCCUUUUCGUCGGGGGCCUAUGGUGGAUGUCUUCACAAUUGUAA